AUGCAUUCGCCUCCUCAUCCACCGCAGAGUCCGACGGACAAAGCACUUGAGGAUGCCCUAGAGGCUGCCAAUCUCGUUCUCGGCGCCAUCGAUAUGUUGCUUCAAUAUCAGGCCUCGGCAAAGGGGGUGAUGAUGCAGCCCUUCGUAGUUCCAGAUUAUUUUCUGGGGAGCCUUCUGCGCUUGAAACUCGUGGCCCAGACUUUCAAGGAUACUCCCAAUGCACCAGCACUCAAUAUUGCGGCGUAUUUUUCGCCCCUCCCAGAGACUCCUGAUAUUGAUGCUAACUCUGAGCUAGGUAAUCAUCAUCUGGUCUCAGUGUUGUUCUGUCCUCACUGUAUCAGAGGUCUCUUUAUUUCCCAGUGCCGCACGCAUUGGACAGGCUUCUGCUCUCUCAUUCGCAAGGUUUACAGCAACCUCCCCCCUCCCUCCGAUUAUGCAACAACAUGGCCAGAACACCAGCCCAAGAACCCAACCUUGCUUUGCGCGAGACCUGCUUCACACUGCGGACUCCCCCUCUCAAUGCUCCAUCACACUUUUCGAGAAUUCGGGAAUCUAAUCGACUCGGUGCUGCCAAAUGAUUGCCACACAGCAGACCUGGCUUUCCAAGUCGCUACUCGGCUGUGCAGCCAGAUGAGCGAUCCGUACGAAGACGAAGGCGCUAGAUCGAACGCGUUCGACGAAAUUGUUAAGCCUCUGUUUGAUCAUUGGGGUAGCCAACAUCGCAUCGCGCCGAACGCCGAAGUCACUAGUGCCCGUGUCGAUCGUGUGCUCACUCAGGGUGGUAGGAUCGUCAUUUUGCGUGAGGAUAAAAACGAAGGCGGAGCCGGUGGCGACGUUUACAUGCAACUUUCGCGCGACUUCGAUAUGUUCCGCAAGACUGAAGGUGGCGCCGAAGGAGCACCCGUGUUCUUAGUUGGUGUGUGGGGCGCUGGUUUAUUUGUGGCUGGUGCAUUCCACGACGGCGUCAAUGCCGUGAUUGAGCCGCUAACAGACAUCCAUUUCAUGUACGCAGAUAAGAGCAGGCGGCGCCCAUUAAGACUUGCUCGAGUUCUCUACGCACUUUCCGUUGUCCUGAACAAAAUCGACGACGCAUCCCUCGUCCAUCAGCCUAUUGAACCCUCCAUCCCAAGAGUGUAUACGGAUUGUGUCGAUAUUCACACAGGCUCCCCUGUCGGGCUUCUAUCCCGGUUUGAACCGUCCUCAUUCCCAGAGCGCCUGAUAUUCUCUGCGUUGUUAACACGCGAUCAAGCAAGCCCCAUCGCACAGCCUGAGCGAGUCUAUGUAAAGCUCGUGGAUAGGCGACCUUACGGAGCGCAAGUACACAGCUACCUCGCGACAAAGGGUUACGCUCCUCAUUUACACGGCCACAAGAUCCUGCAAGGCGCUCCAACUGCCUACGUCAUGGAAUACCUCGGUCAUCCCUGGGUUUCCCUGUUCGAUUUGUCUCAGAGAGAGGACUUCUCAGCCAAAAUCCCCUCUUCGGCGAUGGACCGUAUCAGGGGCGCUGUGUGCACAGUCCUGCAGGCUUUGGAAUCCGGACAACUGGUCCACGGCGAUCUCCGUCCCAAUAACAUCAUGGUCAAGCUGGAUGUCGAUGGAAGGCUGGAGGAUGCCGAUGGAGUGCGGCUGAAGAUUGUCGAUUUCGACUGGGCGGGCCAAGCCCUCGCGGCGCCCAUAUUCAGCAAAGCGACGACAAGCGACUCUUUGAAUCGUGGUGGCCAGAAUUCUGUACCUAUAGCAGACAACUCCAAAACAGCGUUUGAUUGCGCUCCAGCCUGUGCACUUCGUUUCCAAUAA